CGCUGCCGCUGCAUACUUGCCAGAGAGUUGAGAGACGAAUGGUGUUUGGCUACAAGUGCUCGCUAUCCUAAUCUAGGUUGAUAUAAACUGGAUUUGUUUGGGCCCGAUUUAAGGUCCGGCCCAUUAUAUCUGAUCCAAGAUCCGGCCCGUUAGAUCCGAUCCAGGAUCCGGACCAUUAGAUCUGAUCCAAGAUCUGGCCCGUUAGACCCGAUUCAGGAUCCGGCCCUGUUCGACCCGAUUCAGGAUCCGGCUCUGUUCGACCCGAUUCAGGAUCCGGUCCGAUUCUCUUGCCGGGUCUGUUCUGCUCCGAAUCUUCUUUUGUUCCCGGUUCAACUCUGGUCUUGCCUUCUCGUGUUCAACAACUUCUUUGGUAACUUGGCGGAGAUAAGUUCUUUUUUUUUUUUUUUUCUCUUUUCAUAUUCACAUCUCCAUGCCGGAAGAUUCAAAUUUUGCUUCUGGGUCUUCUGGAGUUAAAUCUUCUGCAACAUAUGCUGAUCCUGUUGGGCUGCAAAUUACAUCUAUGAAAUUAAGUAAUUCUAAUUACUUACUAUGGGCUCAAGCAGUAAAGAUUUCUUUAGGUGCCCGACUAAAACUGUAGUUUAUUACUACUGAUCCUCCAUCAAAAACAUCAGCAACAUAUGAGGAGUGGGAAACUAAUAACUAUAUGGUUAUGUCCUGGUUGUGGAACAGUAUGGAACCUUCAAUUGCAUCCACUUUUAUGUUUGUCAACACUGCCAAGGCAAUCUGGGAUGCAAUUAAAGAAACUUAUUCUAUGGACACAAAUAUUUCGCGCAUAUAUUCAUUGUAUGAAAAGAUAUUUCAUUCUCAUCAAUCUGACUUCUCUAGUCAAGGCCUUGGUGAGUAUUACAGUAAUUUCAAAAGCCUGCUAGAUGAGUUAAAUCAGUACCACCCCUUGACUACUAAUCCUGAUGUUCUCAAGCGACAACGUGAGGAAUUUUCUGUUUCAAUUUUUCUUGCUGGUUUGCACCCGAACCUUCAUAAUAUUCGGGACCAGAUUCUUGCGGGUGAUGGAGGACUCCCAUCUUUGGGUAACAUUUACUCCCGCUUACUUAGGGUUUCAGAACAAUCACAUGUGACACCCACUGGAGUGAAAGAAAAUUCAGCUAUGAUGAUUCCUUCUAUUUUUCCACAGUCCUCUAGAGGUCGUGAUAGUUCUACUGGCAACAGAGGGUAUGGUGGAAAUUCAGGUGAUACUCCUAGUGGCAACAGAGGGUAUGAUGGAAAUUCAGGUAGUUCUCGUGGUAGUAGUGGCCGUGAUAGAAGUCGCAAUCGCCGUGGUCGUGGACGUAGUGACACUCGUAUGUGCAGCCACUGUAAAGGUACUAACCAUUCUGUUGAGAACUGUUGGACUCUUCAUGGGAAACCAGCAUGGGCAAAUCAAGCAGUAUCUUCCUCUGACCUUUCGGGGUCUCAUCCCUCUCCUGGUCAGACUUCUGUAUUACCAUCACCUGCAUCUACUAGUGACAUUGUGGCACUAUCACUAUUACGAGCUGAGUUCAAUGCUUUAGUCAACCGGACACAUCCCAACUCUACUGAUGUAGUUAAUUUUGCGCAAUCACGUAAUAUUGCAUGCUUGUCCAAUUUACAGACUUCAGCAUCCCCUUGGGUUAUUGACUCUGGGGCUUCUACCCAUCUCACAGGUUCUCAACACGAAACAGACGAUUGGUGGGGGCAGUAACAUAAAUGGCCUAUACUAUUUGGAUU